GCGGGGCGCCCCCUGCCGGGCCCGGCGCCGCGCACGCGCGGUCCGGCGCGCGGCUCCUUCCUUCCGGCCGCCAUCUCGCUGCGCCCGCGUGCGGAUCCCGGCUCCGCGUCCUGCCCGCCGCCUCCGGCCGCGCUCCGCGCCCCUCCGCUCGCCGAGAUGAAGGAAACCAUCAUGAACCAGGAGAAGCUGGCCAAGCUGCAGGCCCAAGUGCGCAUCGGUGGCAAGGGUACUGCCCGCAGAAAGAAGAAGGUUGUUCACAGAACAGCUACAGCAGAUGAUAAAAAACUUCAGUUUUCAUUGAAGAAACUGGGAGUCAACAAUAUUUCUGGAAUUGAAGAGGUAAACAUGUUUACCAACCAGGGAACAGUCAUUCACUUCAAUAACCCAAAAGUUCAGGCAUCUCUUGCUGCUAACACCUUCACUAUCACCGGCCAUGCUGAGACAAAGCAGCUGACAGAAAUGCUGCCUAGCAUCCUAAACCAGCUGGGAGCUGACAGUCUGACCAGCCUCAGGAGAUUGGCAGAAGCCCUACCCAAGCAAUCUGUGGAUGGAAAAGCACCACUUGCUACUGGUGAAGAUGAUGAUGAUGAAGUUCCAGAUCUUGUUGAAAACUUCGAUGAAGCUUCGAAGAAUGAGGCAAACUGAACUGUCACCUCCUGAAUAAAAUUAAAACUUGAAAAAGCUACAUGGAGCUGCUAUUU